CAGACCUGUUGCGUGGUUCGUGUGAUAAGGUUGUCUGUGUUUUGUCUCCCUCGUGCGGCUGAAGCGAGGUCUAGAUAGGCAUUAAAGGCGUUGUAAGUUGGUGAGUGAAGUGUUAAUUAGCCACACACCUGAGGGAACCACUAAUUAAGAGAAGCAUGGCGUGUGGGCGUGGCAAGGCGUGGGAAGCGAGAGCGUGGGUGGUGACGGUAGCGCUGGUGGUGGUGGUGGUCGCCCUUUCUCAACAUGCCCACGCGUUUAACAGAGACAAACCAAUAAUUAAAUGGUCACCCCUUUGGCUAAACCAUUACAGGCCAAGGGGUGUGCUGUACAAGAGGUUCCGAGAUGACCCAAUUCAGAAAUGGAGCCCCGGUUUCUUCAGCUCUGACGACUACUACUACGACCAGAAGAGGGACGCUGGGAACUGUGGCCGUGAGAACUCCUUGUGUCUGUUCGUGAGCGGUCAUUCUGGUGAGGCUCGUGAGAUCAGAUGCUGCGGGGCUCUCAAAUGUGUAUUCACUGGGAUAUCUUACACCUGCGCCGACCCCAGUUCUCUCGACAUGGAAAAUUUUGAGAAUGAAACGUAUUAAUCCUUCUCCUCUUCCUCCUCCUCUUCUUCUUCCUCCUCCUCCUUCUCCUCCUCCUCCUCCUCCUCUUCUUUUUCCUUCUCCUCUUUCUUCUUCACCUUUGGCC